AAUCAGAUCUAACCCACAUCUCCAUCGAGUCAACCUCCCAUUGUCCCAAGUUCCCUACACCUCACCGCAGCCAUCUUCGCCCAACCGACAGCUGCCCAAUACAGCGCAGCCGCUAGGUGUAUCCCGGAACCGCUGCGCUUUCGACGUGAUGGAGUCUUCCAACUCUUCCGCUCUUGUUCGGCGCUCGAUCGAUACCGAACUGAUGCCACCCCCGCCCCCACCGAAACGAAUCAAGCGCCCCAAGAAUGUUAUUGACGAGGAGACAUAUACGGAAGCAAUAUCGGAGAUUAUUGCUCGCGACUUCUUCCCAGGCCUGCUCGAGACAGAGACACAGCAGGAAUAUUUGGACGCCCUAGAUUCGAAUGAUGGCGCCUGGAUUAAUAGUGCGGGCCGUCGGCUGCAGCAGGUCAUGACCCCUGGGAGACGGAAAGGAAGGCGCGGAACCUCGAUUCAGACUCCAUUGCGAGCUAUGGAGACCCCGCGAAGCUUUGCUGGGGACACGCCAAUGUCCGAUGCGUCUGACAUGACAACAUCAACUCAGGCAGCAGCACCAGAAGUCGAUACGAAUAUGAGUCUGGAUAAAUUCCAAUCAUUGUACACAAGCGAGGACAACGAAAGUUUCUACAAGCUGCUGGAUAAGCAGAACCAAAAGCGUGCCGAGAAGUAUGCCUGGAUGUGGUCCGCCAACAACAAGCUCCCGUCGAAGAUGAUGUUGAAGCAAAAGGAAAUCGAAACAAAGCUGUUACAGUCACGGGAGUCUUUAUUGGAUGAUGGUGGAGAAAGGAAUCGACUUGCCAUCCGUGACAUAUCGGAGAAACCUGCGAGGCCGGACUCUUGGAAGUCAAAACCGAACAACGGAGUUAUGUUCCAACCAGAAAGUGUGGAAGAUUCGAUUGAAACAGUAGCCCAGAAAACACAGAACGAGUCGCGAGCAGCUCCGAAAGUGGUCGCAUAUGCGAACACGAGAAUGCCAGUUCCAGUGGUCAAGAGCCAAGAGUCUGCGGUACCUCCAUCUCCAUCAUUGUCAGCUGUUAGAGAUGCAAUUACUGGGCGGCGGCGUGCUGUGGAUUUGGAGUCCGGCUUUGACGGGAGCGAAACGCCCCGAGUUAAUGGAUAUGCUUUCGUUGACGAUGAGCCGGAAGAGGUACCUGUCACCGCGCCUCCAAUUAUUGAUCUAGGAAAGGGAGAACCGGUCAAGAACCCCUUUGUGAUCAAGGAGCAAAGCAAGAGAGAGGACUUGCAUCACCGAAUGGUUGAUAAAAACGCAAAAACGAAGCGUGCUUCAACGAAGUAUGGACUGACUGGCAGGGUUGACAUGACGCCCGUACCCAAGUUUCCCAGCAGCCCUAGGGUUGACUCAGGCCAGUUAACACCAGCUGGACAGCGUUUAUGGAGCAAAGUUGGAGGGACAAGCAUAGGAAGGGGAACAUCCGCUUUUGAAUCCAGAACAGAGACACCUCGUGGAAAGGCUCGAUCAGGCUUGAGAAUUGCGUCGACACCUGGCAAAUAACGGUGAUGGAGAGCCAUAAUAGAAUUAGACGAGUCAUGGGCAUGGAAUCGGCGUUGGUAAUACCCUCUUUAAAGCAGGUCGUUGUAGCUAGUAGUUGCGGAUACAAUGAAGUCUGGCAAUGAGCAAUAAUUGGACACACG